AUGCCCAACACUAUACAAUGGGUCGCCGUUCUGUCAAUCCUCGCGGCGGUCGUGUAUAAAGGCAUCGUCUACCCGGCCUUGAUCUCACCGCUUGCGAAGAUUCCAAAUGCGCAUUGGAGUGUGCCGGUGUCGCCCGUAUGGAUGUUAUGGAGGCGCUUUCGGAUGCAGAAUAAUCGGACGAUUCAAGCGGCGCACGAGCGACUGGGUCCCGUUGUAAGGCUGGGCCCUUCCGAGAUCUCCAUCAAUUGUGUGGAUGGCGGGAUCAAGUCCGUAUAUACGGGCGGCUUUGAGAAGCAUGAGUGGUAUCCUCGAGUAUUCGGGUCGCUUGGGACCGUCAGCAUGUUUACCAUGAUUGGGAGCAAGCCCCAUUCCAUUCGCAAGAGAAUGUUGUCCAACAUUUACUCCAAAUCAACGCUGCAGACGUCCCCAAACUUGCAACUUGUCUCCAAGACAGUCAUCUUGGACCGGCUUCUCCCGCUUCUCCAGCAGACUGCCGAAUCGGGCGAAUCCCUCGACGUGCACGAUUUGAACCAAGGUCUCACAAUGGACUUUGUAUCCGGUUAUCUAUUUGGCUUACGAAAUGGCACCAACCAUGUGCAGGACCACUCAUAUCGUAAACAUUGGUUACAUAUGUACCUCUGCCGAAAGCCGUUCGAGUUCUACCACCAGGAAAUGCCUUACCUCGACGGAUGGAUGAAAUGCCUGGGCCUUCGCGUGAUCCCCAAGUACUGCGACGAAGCCAACAGUAUGCUCGACGCGUGGGCUCUUGACCUUUGCAACAAAGCGGAACAGUCCUUGGCCUCGACGGACCCAGCCAUUGAACCAAUCGUCUACAAACAACUCAAGCAGAGUCUAGACAAACAAGCGGCCAAGGAAGGCGUAACGCCCAAUCGCAAGCACCAAUUGAAUGAUAUUGCCUGCGAGAUGUACGAUCAACUGACCGCUGGCUUUGAAACUAGCGCUGUAGGCCUGACUUAUCUCAUGUGGCAACUAUCUCGCCAUCCCGAAAUCCAGAACCGUCUGCGCGAAGAACUACGCACACUGGACCCGGUCAUCCGUAUUCCAGGAUCAAAUGAGCUGCCGUCCCCCAAGUCCAUCGACAGCCUGCCUCUGUUGGACGCCAUCAUCACAGAGACAUUACGGCUUCACGCUCCCAUACCAGGCAUCCAGCCCCGCGUCACCCCGGUGCCAUCAUGCAGUCUAGCCGGCUACGACAACAUCCCACCCGGCAUUCGAGUCAACGCACAAGCAUAUUCUCUGCACCGGAAUCCCGAGGUGUUCCCCGACCCCGAGUGCUGGCAGCCAAAGCGCUGGCUCAAGGCCGAGAAUACCCCCGAGGAAUUGGAGGAACGACGCCGCUGGUUCUGGGCCUUUGGCAGUGGAGGCCGCAUGUGCGUGGGGAGUAACCUCGCAUUGCAAGAGACCAAACUUGUUGCUGCGGCAAUCUAUUCGAAUUUCCGCACGACAAUUGUGAAUGACGAUGGGAUCGAAGCCAUUGAUGCGUAUACGGUGCAUCCUCGCGGUGAGAAGCUUAUCCUACGCUUCGAGAAGGUCUGA